UAAAAGAGUAUAUAAAGAAGAGGAACCGAAGUAUUUAAUAUCAUAAUAGUUGAUAAAUUUGAUUCUAAAUCUAUUCUUCAAAUUGGUGUUAACUCGAGUAAAAAUCAUGAACCGAUUUUUAGCUAUUACUUUUGUCGUCGUCAUCUCAUCAUGCUAUGGUGAUGCUUUUUGGAGUGGAUCUAAAUUUGGAGAUUGGGCUAAAGGAAUGACUCCUUGUGAUAUUUGCAAACGUGAAGUCGUAGCGGAUAUAACUGAUUUAAGAUUAGCUCGAAAUCAGUUCUUACCUGAGCUUAAGGAACGUUGUGGUCUACACCCAACACCUGAAGGAUCUUGCGACUCUUAUGUUAAAGUAUUCGAGGCUUCAUUUGACCUUCUUAUCGAACGACAAAGCAGAGUUCAAGGACUUUGUGCUUACUAUGGUGUCUGUGAGUCUAAUUCAACCCUCGACAUUAGUUUACCAAAUCUUCCCGUUGCUCCAGUUACUCCCAAACAAAAUCCUCCCAAAGUUUAUGACGAGGCCGUUUGUAAGGAAUGUAAGGAUAUUACCGCUGCAGUCACUUAUGGUGGUGCUGGAAACUAUGCUAACACUUUUGCCGCUCUGGCAGAAAAUGGUUGUUUAUCGUGGGCUAAAACUGAUGCGGUUCCAAGUGAAGAAGAUUACAAGAAAUGUUCUGAUCUUAACUCAGUUUAUUUCAAUUCAAUCACCGAUAAUAUGAUCGACAAAACCACUCAGAACUAUUUGUGUUGGGAUCUUUUCGAUGUUUGUGAACCAACAGAAAAAUCAAGCGAAUUGAAAUUACCAUACGGACAAAAAUUAACCAACUAAUUGAACUACGAUAAUUAAAUGUAUCAAUCAUUGAGACUCGAUUUGAAUUAUUAAUAAAAGAAAGAAAUAU